AUCCUCCCCGACCUUCCCAGCAAUAUGCAUCUUGCACAUCUGGUCAGCUCCUGCUCCCUCCUUCUGCUACUGGGGGCCCUGCCUGGAUGGGCGGCCAGCGAUGACCCCAUUGAGAAGGUCAUUGAAGGGAUCAACCGAGGGCUGAGCAAUGCAGAGAGAGAGGUGGGCAAGGCCCUGGAUGGCAUCAACAGUGGAAUCACGCACGCUGGAAGGGAAGUGGAGAAGGUUUUCAACGGACUUAGCAACAUGGGGAGCCACACCGGCAAGGAGUUGGACAAAGGCGUCCAGGGGCUCAACCACGGAAUGGACAAGGUAGCCCAUGAGAUCAACCAUGGUAUUGGACAAGCAGGAAAGGAAGCAGAGAAGUUUGGCCAUGAGGUCAACAACGCUGCUGGACAGGUUGGGAAGGAGGCAGACAAACUGAUCCAGCAUGGGGUCCAUCACGGGGCCAACCAGGCGGGAAGUGAGGCAGGGAGGUUUGGCCAGGGGGCCCACCAUGCUGCGGGGCAGGCUGGAAAUGAGGCUGGGAGGUUUGGCCAGGGUAUCCACCAUGCUGCAGGGCAGGCAGGAAAUGAGGCAGGGAGGUUUGGCCAGGGGGCCCACCAUGGUCUCAGUGAGGGCUGGAAGGAGACAGAGAAGUUUGGCCAGGGGAUCCACCAUACUGCUGGUCAGGUUGGGAAAGAGGCAGAGAAGUUUGGCCAGGGGAUCCACCAUGCUGCUGGUCAGGUUGGGAAGGAGGCAGAGAAGUUUGGCCAGGGGGCCCACCAUGCUGCUGGUCAGGUUGGGAAGGAGGCAGAGAAGGUUGGCCAGGGGGCCCACCAUGCUGCUGGUCAGGUUGGAAAGGAGGCAGAGAAGUUUGGCCAGGGGGCCCACCAUGCUGCUGGUCAGGUUGGGAAGGAGGCAGAGAAGUUUGGCCAGGGGAUCCACCAUGCUGCUGGUCAGGCCGGAAAUGAGGCAGGGAGGUUUGGCCAGGGUAUCCACCAUGCUGCAGGGCAGGCGGGAAAUGAGGCAGGGAGGUUUGGCCAGGGGGUCCAUCAUGGACUCAGUGAGGGCUGGAAGGAGACAGAGAAGUUUGGCCAGGGGGUCCACCAUGCUGCCAGUCAGUUUGGGAAGGAAACAGAGAAGCUCGGCCAUGGGAUCCACCAUGGGGUUAAUGAGGCCCGGAAGGAAGCAGAGAAGUUUGGCCAGGGAGUCCACCAUGCUGCCUCGCAGGUGGGGAAGGAGGGAGACGGAGCGGUCCAAGGCCUCCAUCAUGGCAUUAGUCAGGCUGGAAGGGAGGCGGGGCAGUUUGGCCACGACAUUCACUAUGCAGCAGGGCAGGCUGGGAAAGAGGGAGACAUAGCAGUCCACGGUGUCCAACCUGGGGUCCAUGAGGCCGGGAAGGAGGCUGGGCAAUUUGGCCAGGGAGUUCACCACACCCUUGAACAGGCCGGAAAAGAAGCAGACAAAGCGGUCCAAGGGUUCCACACUGGGGUCCACCAGGCUGGGAAGGAAGCAGAGAAACUUGGUCAAGGGGUCAACCAUGCUGCUGACCAGGCUGGAAAGGAAGUGGAGAAGCUUGGCCAAGGUGCCCACCAUGCUGCUGGCCAGGCCGGGAAGGAGCCGCAGAAUGCUCAUAAUGGGGUCAACCAAGCCAGCAAGGAGGCCAACCAGCUGCUGAAUGGCAACCAUCAAAGCGGAUCUUCCGGCCAUCAAGGAGGGGCCACAACCACGCCGUUAGCCUCUGGGGCCUCGGUCAACACACCUUUCAUCAACCUUCCCGCUCUGUGGAGGAGCGUCGCCAACAUCAUGCCCUAAACGGGCACCUGCCCUUGCUGGGAGACUAAUGUUGCCGUUGUCACAUCAGCGGACAUGACCUGGAGGGGCUGGGGGUGGGGGACAGGUUUCUGGAGUCCCUGAAGGGGGUUGUACUGGGAUUUGUGAAUAAACUCGAUACACUA